AUGAUAUACGACAUCUUCUUUGUUGCCGUCUAUAUAUUCGGCUACAUCAUGACAGUAGUCAUGGGCCCCGAGCACCAAGACUGGCUUCCGGCUGUUUUCCGGGAAGGCAAACCCUUGCGGAAACUGGCUCCGUUUAUCCUGAUGUUGGGUAUUCUCGCGUCCCCGAGCCUUGUCAUCCACUGGAAGGAAAGGAGGGCAGAGGCAGUCAGUGCAGACGUGGAGCUGGGCGUGAGCCGCGCUGUGGUCACAAACAUCGAAGAAAACCUCCAUAACGUGGAGCUGCCUCCUAUGAUCGAUGAAAUCGCCCUUCUGAUCGCCCUGCCGGUUUCUCCGCCUUCCUCUGCUGGGUCUACCUAUUCAGGCGACUCACCUGACUCGGAGCGGCUUUCGCUUGAGUCCAUGACUCGCAGCUGUAGUACCCUGUUGGUCUCGCCAACUCCUCCGACGCCUACCACUAGCCCUAUUCCCCUUCGCGGCCCUCCUCGUGCUCGUGUUCGUGGCAAUCCCCGGGUCUCUGCUCCUAUUCCUACUCCUGCAGCUGAACCUGCCCCUGCUCCGGCCGCGGCUCCGAUUGUCGACCAUGUGACGAUCAUCGAUGACGACAACGCGCAGCCCACUGCUACUGAGGAACAGGAUCAGACCGGUACGGCAGAGUGGGCUUAG